AUGCAGAACACGGAGAUCAACUUGGAUAACUGCACGUACCGCGAACUUCAGCUACGGUCGAUGUAUCUCGGUCUCGGGGGUGCCGGAAAGCGGGGCGCCGUCAUCAGGAAGAUCCGUGAGCAUUUGGCCAGGCAGGGCCUCACGGGGGCUGCUCUGUUCUCCACCUUCAACCGCCAGGAGCUGUUCGACGCAUGCAAGUCGCGGGGCGUGAAAGCGUCGGGGACGAAUGUUGAGCUCGUCGCGCGUCUCGUGGACCAUGAGCGCCAGGUGGACCAAGGUGGCAGGAGGUCCUGGUGGAAGGGGGUCCGAGCCGGACUGUGGCUGACGGGUGUCCUCGCCGCUCUGAGCGUCACCGCGAAUGUCGCCGCCAACCCGGCGGCCUUUCUGGGCACAACAGCCCCGGACAACGCCCAAGACUCGUCGGCCCAACCGCUCGACAUGUGGGCGGCAACGUUCGAAGGCGCUUCUUCGUCUCUCGUGCCCGGCGCGGAACCGUCUUCCGCGCCGGCGGCCUGCCAGUCGGGUACGACGGCUUUUGAGGCGGCGAUCGCGCCCCCGCACUACGAGGACACUCCCACCGAAGAUUCUCCGGUCGACGCUUCAUCCUCUGCUGUGAUCGACGAAGCUGUCGUCUACACCGGGUACCGGCGAACGGUGGCCGUGGAGGCGGUGGUCUCUCAAAUCGACGACGGCGGGGUCAAAAAGGCCUAUGAUGAAGCAUGGCUGGUGGUCGAGACCGUUCAGAACGCCCCGAUCCAGCUUUUUGCCCAGGACCACCGUUGUGGUGGUGACGUCGACGGCGGCAGCGGCGGCGGUGGCGUGAUGAAUGCCGGUUGUGUGUCAGAAAUCGCCGCUUCUCUCGAGAUAGAACAGUCCCUUUCCACCACAAGACACAUAGACGCAACGGAGCUCGCUGUCGAGGAAGAGAGCGGGGCUGCGGUGCCGGCGCCAGCAACCCGACUUCAGACGCCUUCUGCAACCCAAGAAACUCCAGCGAUUCCUGCGACCACCACCUCUGACUCUCCCGCCAUUGAUACCAAAGAAGCCUUUCCUACACCGACCACCGACUCCACUCGUGCGAGCACCGUUUCGAUCGGCUUGUCCUACUCGGACAACCCGGACCUGACUAUGCUGGCAGCUGAUCGCGCCCGCACGUGUGCGGACGACUAUGGUUUCGGCUGUACGAUCGGGUCCACCCGUGUCACCGAGCCGACGGUCUGCAUGGGGCCUUGCGACGCUGUCCAAUGCUGCAAAGAUGGGGCAGUGGUCAUUAACGACCCCCGGCCCGACAACGCCGUGGACAUCCCUUCAGCCCCCCCGCCCCCGGCCGACCAGCCGGCGACACCCGGAGCUGCACCCGAACCCGGGAACACCUCAAUGCCCACCAAGGAGGCGCCCGAUGCCGUCCCUCAGGAUCUCGAGCUUGUGACUAGCAAUACCGCGAGUGUUGUCGUCACUGACGCGGUGACCGGGGUUGCCGGCGACCCGAGGGCUAUGGUUGCGGAAGCCGCCGCCGCCGCCACCGCCGCCGCCGCUGCUUCUGGUGAUGCUUCUGCCGCUCUGCAUGCCUUCGUUGAGAGUCUGGUGAUUUCGGGGGUCCCGCUUCGCAUCCUGCCCGUCGAUGCACCCUCUGCUUCCACUUCGCAGCUCGAUGGCGGCCGCAGCACACACCUGAUCCGUGUGGUGCUCCCGUUGGCGAUGGUGCUUCUGGUGCUUUUGGUGAUCGUGCACAUCUACGAGGCGAGAACGCUACGGAAGUCUAUGCGCGAAUUUGUCGAGGAGGGAAGGACACUCGCACACGCCACCGACAGCCGCGAGCUAACUCACUCCCGGCCGGUGACGGGCGGCGGCGGCGGCGGCGGCGGCGGCGGCGAAAACCAGCGGCUCUGGCAGAUGUUCGCGUGGUUCCUGACCAAACUCGGGUCUCACGUGGCCACAGUGACGAUGAUGACCGAGGUCUGGGGGGUCCUCGCGAGGCUCGGAGGGCGGCUGAACGCCGGCGAGGUCCGCGUCGGGCUUCUGGAGUUCGACCUAUCGGCGAUCCAGGGGAAGGUCGCGGACGCGGUGGCGCGGAUGGCCCUGCAGGCGCGGAGGCUGGCCUCGGUCAAGCAGAGCGUCGGCAGGAUAGUGGUGAAGCAGAAGGGCGUGGUCGAGACCGUCGGCUUCGUUUCUCGAUCCGUUUCGGCCCUGAAGAACGGGCUCGCUGACCUGGCCAGCAGGGUCGCCGGCCUCGAAGAGACCUCCCGCAAGUUGGACGAGCUCGCCCGCCGCCACGACGACCUCCAGAACUUGGUGGUCGAGAUCGGGAAGAAGAUGGCUCUGAACCGGGCGGAGGCUGCUGGCUUCCGCGGUAAGAUUCGCGCUGAGUCGAUGGCCAGCAGGGCCGACUCCGAUGCUUGGCUGCGCAGCGUCGAAGACGACCUCAGCGCUCUGCAGUGCGCCUUCGAGGAGAGGGCUGAAGGGAGGGAGACACGUCCCGCGGAAGGAGCAGGAAAAGGAGGAGGAGGAGGAGGAGGAGGUGGUGGUGGAGGAGGAGGAGGAGGAGCAAGAGGUCCCGGACGGGGUACGGAGAUCACAAGGCAAACCGCCGAGGUGAAGAACACGGCCGGGGUGACGGGCGAGGCGACCCCGCUGACAAUCAGCGAACUCAUGGUGUAG